CACCAAGAACACACACACAAACGCUCUGGACCACACGAUUUUCACAAGACAAACUCUGGACCACACGAUGAAGGAUAUCGAAAGUCGGUGUUUUGACGGUGGUGGUAGCGUAAUCCUUAUGGAGAAGUACACUGCGUUCAUAUUUCAGAUUCAAACGCUUAACUGUGUUCGUAUUCCAGAUUCAUGCACCGGAACGUCCACCAAUGACAAUGCUUCUGCACCCACAAUCUGUGACGGUGGAAGUAGAUAUUUACCGGUGACUGUGAGGGUGAACUGGAAUGUCCUGGAACCUCCACCAACGACAAUGCUUCUGCGUCAGCAACCUCGAGAGAGAACUCCUUCUGUAUGGAUUGGUUCUUCAUGCUGUGGAACCGGUUACUGA